AAAUGCAAUAUACGUGAAGCAUCUUGCGCACAUCAUUUCCAAACGCAUUGCGCAUAUAGAUAAUUUGUUUAUAAUAUGCAUGGAAAUUUCUCUUUUUUUCAUACUUCUUUUCGGAGCAUACGAACAAACCAGACACAAGCAAUGCUACCAGAACAAUUCCAAUGUGUUGUAUAGUUAUGCCAUCUCAUCAUCGCUGAAUUUCACUUUCCAAUUGAAUUAUUUUUGAACUUGUUUGCAUUUGCAGACGUCAAGCAAGGGGAGAGAAGAAAAAAACUAAUAGAAGAAGCGCUUAGUAAAAGUAUAUUUUUUAAUUUGUUAAAUUAAAAUGAACAACAAUGACAACAGCAACAACUAUGAAAAAAGUAUAAAUUACAAAUAAAGCAUCAAAACUGUUGAAAUAAUAACCUGUGAACAUGUGGAACGUGAUAGUGAUUAGAAACUUGAAUUUAAUGAGGACUGAAAAGAUAAACAAAUAUUUAAGCCGAUGAGAGAGUGAUAAUCUUUAAAGAUUGACAUUGUCAGUCAAAUUGUGUUGGCAAUUAAAUCAAAAGCAAAGAAAAUUCAUCGUUGAAUCGUUCACAUUUUCGGCUAAAGUUAAUUUACACACGCAUAGCACACAAAUAAGCAAAAGAAACAAACAAACGAAAAAAAGAAAAAAAAAUUAAAAAGAUAAACGCAAACGAUGAAAGCAAUAUCAUUUGAGGCAAUUCGAAAUUUGUUGAGAACAAAGAAAAAAAGCGCUGACGAUUAUGGUGAUGCUAGUUUUAAACGGAGCGAUUCAUUCAAAAGAAUUAGUAUUCGACGCAGCUAUCUGAAUCGAGGCCGAAAACGUGCAAUACACGCGUCCAAAUCAGGCGCGCAUAAUGCUAAUCAAAACGGGAAGAAUCAUGCAAACACUUCGUCGAAUAUUGUUGAUGCUACUACUAUUGGCAAUGCGGUUGCUCUGCAGGAGUCUUCGUCACAACGAAAUGGUGUUGAAAAUAAUGUGCCGUUUUCCGAACACCAUCAUCAUCAUCAGCAGCAGCAACAACAACAACGACAACAGAAACAUUCCCAUGUUCAGGUGAAUAGUAGUGUUUGUGAGCCAAUCAGCAUCUCGUCACGCGUUGAGGAAGCGAUACAGCAAAAUUAUCAGCGAUGCUCUGAAAUCAAUGCGAAUAUAAAAAAUGUAAAAAAUAAGUCAUCAAAAGAAUCAAUUCGAAACAGUGUGGAAAGUAAUGGUACUUUAAUGACCAAUGCUAAUGUUUCUGGUGUUGCAGGUUCUGAUGAACGGCUAAAAGUUCAACGUCGCUCAAGCAAAAGCAAACGAAAUAAAUACGAUGAAAUGACAACAAGCACCAGUUGCUUCGUAAAGGCGGGCAAUAUGUUGAAGAAACCGAUUGGCACCGGAUUGGACGUGACCGCUGCCGAUUCAAUUGACCGUACAGUUAACAUGCGAUAUUCACAUCGUGAUCCAUUUUUUGAAAUUUUACGAAGCUCCGAAUGUGAAUUUGAUCCACAUCAAAAGCAUCAUCGGUUCGUUCAUAAGUCUCGAUCAAAAUCGUUUGCACCAAACGAUGAUUCACAACAGCAGCAGCAUCAGCAGCAGCCGCAACAACAACAACAAUAUCAUCAACAGUCGAACCGAGUCUGUAUUCGACAGGCAGGUAGCAAUAAUAGCAGUAAUAAUAACAUCAAUACUAGUUCGAAACGAUGCAGCAGCGAUUUCGUUAAUUUAAAUAAUGCCAACAACAAAAACAAUUACAAUAAUAAUGAUAGCAUAUGGUCAGCGCCGUCAUUGACGCAACAACAAUUUCAAUUGAAUCCAGUCAAAAAUAAGUCAACAUUUAACAUAUGUAAUGAGGAUAGUGCACGCAAUCCCGAAAAUGAAAUGCCAAGCUUUGUCAUUUUUAAAACGUAUUCGAAUGAACUGAACUCGAGCGGAUACUUGGAAACAUGUUUCAAUAACACUGACGAUGAAAGUAAGAAAGCAAAGGAUGUGGCAACACCGCUACAAUGUAACACAUAUACCAAAAAGUACAACGAUGUCACGGCAACAAUAGCAAAUGCUGCUGCUGCAGCCGCUGUUGCCGCUGCUGCCGUCAACCAUACUAAUUUAUCGUCAAGUGGAAAGGGAAAAGGUGUUGUUAUACAAAUAUCAGAUUCGGGGUGUAACAUUGACAAUUUAAGUCAUUUACAAAUUAAAGAGGCGCUCAAUAAAAAAGUGAGCCGUGACUCAGCGCUUGGUGUGGACAAUUUACUUGAUUAUUCGGAAGAUGAAACAUCGCUCAAUGGUAAAUUCACAUUUGAAAUUUAUAAGCAAAUUCGAACGAAUAAAAAGACUGAAGAUGAUCCAUUACAUCGGUCAAAAUACAAAAUGAUGAAUAGCUAUGAUAAGAAUGGUUUCAAACCAUGUUCACAUGAAAUUGGCAAUUUGAAUAUGUUGGAAUCGACGACAACGGCGGCGACGACGACGACGAUGACGACGGCACAUUGUAAAGCCGAAGCAUUGAACGAUUCAUUCGCAUCGAUGCACAUUUGCGACAAAAUCGACAACAAUUUCUUUUUGGAACCAGACACACAUGAAUAUAACAAUGAUGUAAAUGUGAUACCAUAUCCGUUACGUAUCAAAACAAAUCCAUUCACCAAUCAAAAAGAACCGUAUUCAGUGAAUUUGGGCCGUGUAUGGAAACAAUUGAAUCUUGGGCAAGACGAUCAAUCGCUCGAAACAUCCAUUGAAAAAUCAAAUGCGAAAAUAAAAAACGAUUCAUUUCGUUCGAUAUCGUCACAUGAUUCUGGCUUUAGUUUGACAUUGACCAAACAAAAAAGUCUAUUCAAUCGAAAACAACAUAAAAAAUCGAAACGUAAAUCAAAAGCAACGCUUACACGUGAUGGCCAAUUUAAAAAGAUGCCAGCCUUUCAACCAAAUGGAGUGAGACGCAGCAGUAAUAACAACAAGAAAAAUCAGUUCAAACUACAGCAGCACCAACAACAACAACAAUCACCAUCAAAUUCCAAAUUACAACUGAAGCUUGGCAGCAAAGAAGAGUGUAAGAAAGUAACAAAAUCAAUUAGUUCGCCGAAAUGCGGCAGCAACACCAAUAGCUCAAAUAAAAAGAAGAAAUUGGAAUCGGUGAAAAAUCCAUGCGAAACGUUUCUCGAUCGUUACUACAGUGAAAUUCAACAAAAAUUGCAAAAAGAUGAAAACAAAUCGACCGAUUAUAGUUUUUCGCAAGAAAUAAGUGAUCUCGAGGCAUUUUUUGAAGAACAUUUAAAACGAUUGAAGGAGUAUUAUUUGCAAAAGAAAAGGAUCAACGAUCAAACGCUCGAUGAAAUCUGUACUAAAUGUGAUGGAAAACGUACAGCUGACGACAUUCAUGCGAAAUUAAACGAUGUUAAACAAAUUGAACCAAAUCAACCGGACGAUGAAUUGGCAUUUCGGAGCAAUUCAAGCGUAUAUUUGAGUUCGUAUCCAAGUUUUACGAAGAAAAUUGUCGAAAUCAUUCCAAAUGAUAAAGAUGAUGGCAAUGGCAACGGCAACGGCAUUGCCAAUGAUGAUAAAACGAAUAUUAUCAUCAAAAAUAAAUUAUCAUAUGAUUUAUGCAAUGAUGCCAAUUUCGAUUUUCCAUAUCCCGAUAAACGAAAUGCCGAUCGAACGAAUACACGUCGAAAAAAUCGCAUGUUAUAUCCAAUGAAUGAAAUACGAAUGUCAAAUGAUUUGGAAUACGCUUCGUUAGAUUUUAGCUGUAACAAACAUUUACAGAAUAUAAAACAUGAAUCAUCGUCCGCAUGGAAUAAUGCAAUGUCCGAAUAUUUUCAACACGAACAAUUUAAACAAUUAACCAUUGACGAUGAUUUUUUAAAAGAAAAACAAUCAAUGAUUGUGAAUUAUAAUAGUGCCGGUGAAUUUUUAUUUGACGAUGGCACCGACGAUAAUGACGAUCAAUACGAAGACAUUUUAAAUGAGGACGAAUUUACCGAAGAUGGUGUGUGCGUGUUGUGUGAUAAAAUUCAACCGGAAUGUGAAUGUUCAAUGAACCGUAAAUUGGCCAAUGCCUAUUCAAUUACACCCGAAACAAUUCUGUGCAAUUGCAUGGGCGCACUGAAUACGCCAAUGUUGAAACCAAACUAUGCUAAGAAUAGUAAAACGGUGAAAAAAAGUAGCAACACUGUCGGCAAAUGUCGAUUAAAUGGCAGCCGAAAAGCAAAACGUGGCAAACGAAAAAAAUGGUAUGCCAGCAAAAAUCAUUCGCUACGACGUGAUUAUUGUAAAGUCACAAGCGACAUCACUCAAAAAGGGUUCGAAAAGAAACGAACACGGCUGCUACAGCCAUAUCUACCAAAAAAUCCGCCAUCAAAUGACGGUUAUUAUAAUCUGCAAAAAAAUAGUGGAGGAAGCAGUGGUGGUGGCGGCGGUGGUAACAAUAUAGUUAAUAGUGAGGGCUACAGCUAUGUAGAUGAAGUGCCAUCACUUCAAUCGACGCAACAUCGUCAACAGCAACAACAACAAAAAUCAACGUCCUCAUCACACCGCGAUCAGCAGGCACAAAAUCGAGCCCGAAGAGCACAGCGACGUGUUACGCACAAUGAAAAGCGAUACCAUUCUGAAGUCAGACAGGAGGCUGUGCAGCAAGCACUGGCUGCAUUGAAAAAUCGACCGAAACCCAGUUUGCCAAUGCCAUCGAAACGUAGCUCCGUACUCAAUCGAAGCCCGGAUCGAAAUCGCGACGACACAGCAGAUUCUAGUUCAGACGACGCUUCGAUACCUGAGGAGCGAAUAGCAACACCAGACCGAGAAUACAACUACCCACGGGAUCAUUUGUGCAAUUCCAGAGAUAAAAUUAAAAUGCCAUCACAACGAGACAAUUCCGAACGUCGACACCAAAAUAAUGUAUCAGAACGGAGACCACAAAAUUUACCACCACCGCAGUCUAUGUCAGAUACGUCAAGUACUGGAUCACCACCGGCUGUGCACCGAAAUAAUAAAAAUAGUGGUUACGAUUUGACUGACGUACCUGAUUUCCAACAGCCACAUGUUCGGCCAUAUGCUGCCCCGGAUAUAACUCAAUUUAAUAACACUCGGCGAGGAGCUGAUCGUGUUACACGAUAUGUCAAUGUUUCACAAACGGAUGCUGGAGAUACAGGUACAACGGGUCGAUGGAAGGUGUCAGCCAAAAUUCAGCAAUUAUUGAAUACAUUAAAACGACCGAAACGUCGUCCAUUGCCUGAAUUCUAUGAGGAUAAUGAUAUUGAAUUAGAAAUUGCAGCUAAUCCAAAGGAUCCAAAUGCACCAAAACCAGAAGGUUUAACAAUGACACCGGUGCAUGGUGAACAGCUAGUCGUACCAUCGGGUUUACCUCGAACACUUGAGGCAGCAUUACAACGUUACGGGUCUAGUUCAUUUAAAGCGCCAAUGGCCACCGUUUUGGAUCCAAAUGGAAAAAAUUUAACAACAACAUUAACAUAUGGAAAAUUACUAUCGCGAGCUAUGAAAAUUGCUUAUGCUCUGUCAACAAAAGUGUUUAGCAAAGGACCUGAAUCGAUUACAUUGAAAGCCGGCGAUACAGUUGCCUUGGUUUAUCCAAACAAUGAUCCAUUAAAUUUUAUUACAGCUUGGUACGGCUGUAUGUUCAGAGGAUUGGUACCAUUGCCAAUUGAAUUACCAUUGUCUAGUUCCGAUUCGCCGCCACAACAAAUUGGCUUUCUACUGAGCUCGUGUGGUAUUCAAGUUGCGCUCACAUCCGAAGCGUGCUUAAAAGGUUUGCCAAAAUCAACGACUGGUGAAAUCGCAAAACUCAAAGGAUGGCCACGUUUGCAAUGGUUUGUUACGGAACAUUUACCGAAACCACCAAAAGAUUUCAAUGUCAAUAAUGCCCGUGUGAAUGAAGAUGGCAAUGCAUAUAUCGAAUACACGACUGAUAAAGAGGGCAGCGUAAUGGGCGUUACAGUUAAACGUGAAGCAAUGAUGAAUCAUUGUCGUGCUCUAACUAUGGCCUGUCAUUAUACGGAAGGCGAAACCGUUGUUUGUGUGCUGGAUUUUAAACGAGAAGUUGGUCUUUGGCACAGUGUUUUAACAUCCGUUUUAAACGGCAUUCACGUUCUAUUCAUUCCAUAUGCACUCAUGAAAUUACGUCCAUCAUCCUGGAUGCAAUUGAUUACAAAAUACCGAGCAUCAUGUUGUUUGGUUAAAAGCCGUGAUUUGCACUGGGGUUUAUUAGCUACUAAGGAUCACAAAGACAUUUCAUUGUCAUCAUUGCGCAUGCUUUUGGUUGCGGACGGUGCAAAUCCAUGGUCAUUGUCCAGUUGUGAUCAAUUCUUGAGUGUAUUUCAAGCGAAAGGCCUUCGACCAGACGCUAUAUGCCCAUGCGCCAGCAGUUCUGAGGCAUUCACCGUUUCAUUGCGUCGACCUGGACGCGGAACACAUGGUGGCUUUAGUCAAUCAGCUACUGGCCGUGGUGUAUUAUCAAUGGCAGCACUUUCGCAUGGUGUUGUGCGUGUCGAUUCGGAAGAUUCAUUGACAUCGUUAACACUGCAAGAUUGCGGUCAGGUUAUGCCUAGCGCAAAUAUGGUCGUUGUACGAUCAGAAGGUCCGUCUGUUCUGUGCAAAACAGAUCAAGUUGGUGAAAUUUGUGUAACAUCAGGUGCAACUGGAAAUACGUAUUUCGGUUUAGAAGGAAUGACCAAUUCCACAUUCAAGGUGCAACCAUUAAUCGAAGAGCCGGAUUCAAAGUCAGAGAGUUCGGUUGUGGUUACCAAACCCAUUGGUGAUGAUAAAAAUUACGUAAGAAGUGGAUUGUUGGGCUUUUUGGGUCCCUCUGGCCUAGUAUUUAUUUGUGGUAGCCGAGACGGUUUGAUGACUGUCACUGGUCGAAAACAUAAUGCUGACGAUAUAAUCGCAACCGUUUUAGCUGUCGAACCAAUGCGUUUUAUUUAUCGUGGACGAAUUGCUGUGUUCAGCAUAAAAGUAUUGCGUGAUGAACGUGUAUGUGUUAUUGCCGAACAGAGACCCGACUGCUCCGAAGAGGAAUCGUUCCAGUGGAUGUCACGCGUACUGCAAGCCGUCGAUUCGAUUCAUCAAGUCGGAAUUUAUUGUUUAGCUCUAGUCCCGCCAAAUCAUUUACCAAAAACGCCAUUAGGUGGCAUUCAUUUGUGCGAAGCUCGACGAAGAUUUUUAGAGGGUUCAUUGCAUCCAGCUAAUGUAUUAAUGUGCCCACAUACAUGUGUAACCAAUUUACCAAAGCCACGAGAAUUGCAUCACGGCGCACUCCAAGCAACUCAAAAUACUGGAAGUUCAUCUGGAUGUGUUACAGACACAUCGGUUGGUCCGGCAUCGGUCAUGGUUGGAAAUUUGGUGCAAGGCAAUCGUUUGGCUGUAGCUCAGGGAAGGGACAUCGGAUUCUCCGACGAUGGUGAACGAAAGCAUCAACUAAUCACUGGCGUUCUGAGAUGGAGAGCAAAUUCAUCGCCUGAUCAUGUAUUGUUUACGCUUCUCAAUUCGAAAGGCGCAAUAGCAAAGACCCUCACAUGUUCGGAGUUGCAUAAGCGUGCCGAGAAAAUCGCAGCAUUGUUACAAGAGCGUGGAAAAAUCAAUCCAGGCGAUCAUGUUGCAUUGAUCUUUCCGCCUGGUUUGGAUUUGAUUUGUGCAUUUUAUGGUUGCUUAUAUUUGGGCGCAACACCGGUCACAAUUCGACCGCCGCAUCCACAAAAUUUAAUAACCACAUUGCCAACAGUUCGAAUGAUUGUCGAUGUAUCAAAAAGUGGCAUCGUUCUAUCAAUUCAAAGCAUUAUCAAAUUGCUCAAAACACGCGAAGCAGCCGCAUCGAUCGAUCCAAAAAGUUGGCCACCAAUUCUUGACAUCGAUGACAAUCCAAAACGAAAAUUGGCAUCAAUUGCGAACAGUUCGUUAGACUCGACCGCAUAUUUGGAUUUCAGUGUAUCGACAUGCGGCCGACUGAGCGGUGUUAUUAUGACGCAUAGAUCAUUGUCGAGUGUUUGUGCUAGUUUGAAAUUGGCAUGUGAAUUAUAUCCGAGUCGUCAUGUGGCUUUAUGUUUGGAUCCAUAUUGUGGUCUUGGUUUCAUCAUGUGGACAUUAAUCGGCGUAUACAGUGGUCAUCAUUCAUUAUUAAUUGCACCGUAUGAAGUUGAAGCGAAUCCCAGUCUAUGGUUGAGUACAUUGUCACAAUAUCGUGUGCGAGAUACAUUCUGUUCAUAUGGCGUCAUUGAAUUGUGCACAAAAGCACUAAGCAAUUCAAUUCAAAUGUUGAAACAACGCAAUAUCAAUCUUGGAUGCGUACGAACAUGUGUUGUUGUUGCUGAAGAACGACCACGCGUUCAAUUGACACAACAGUUCUGUAAACUGUUCCAAGCAUUAGGAUUAAACACACGAUGUGUAUCGACAUCGUUUGGAUGUCGUGUUAAUCCAGCAAUUUGUGUGCAAGGCGCCAGUUCGGCCGAAAGUGCUCAAGUAUAUGUUGAUUUACGAGCACUUCGCAAUAAUCGCGUGGCACUUGUGGAACGUGGCGCACCAAAUAGUUUAUGUUUAAUCGAAUCAGGAAAACUCUUACCCGGAGUAAAAGCAAUCAUUGCCAAUCCAGAUACAAAAGGUCAUUGCGGCGAUUCGCAUUUAGGUGAAAUUUGGGUACAAUCACCACACACAGCUAACGGAUAUUUCACCAUUUAUGGUGAUGAAAAAGACUACAACGAUCAUUUCAAUGCCAAAUUGGUGACUGGUGCAACGACUGAAGUAUAUGCACGAACUGGCUACUUGGGAUUCUUGCGCCGCACCGAAUGCUCACAAGCAUCAUCAAUUCUCGAUGAGACAACGCCAAGCAUAGCAAGCCGUGACAGUGAUACCGAAUCAUUACAUUCACAGGGCACUAUUCAUUCACAAAAUGCACCGGGUAGUGGUGGUGGUAAUGCCAGUUUCAAUAAUGAGCAUGAAUUACACGAUGCCGUUUAUGUGGUUGGUGCAGUUGAUGAAGUAAUUACAUUGCGUGGCAUGAACUAUCAUCCAAUUGACAUUGAAAAUUCAGUCCUGAGAUGUCAUAAAAAGAUUGCCGAAUGUGCAGUGUUCACAUGGACCAAUUUGCUUGUCGUUGUCGUUGAACUCGAUGGCAAUGAAUCCGAAGCGUUGGAUUUGGUUCCACUUGUUACAAAUACGGUUCUCGAAGAGCAUCAGCUUAUUGUUGGCGUUGUUGUGGUAGUAGAUCCGGGCGUUGUUCCGAUCAAUAGUCGUGGUGAAAAACAACGAAUGCAUUUGCGUGAUGGUUUUCUGGCCGAUCAAUUAGAUCCUAUUUAUGUAGCGUACAAUAUGUAAUUUAAAUUUACGCAACUUUAACCGAAACUAUACCCAAAGGCAGCCAGAUAAGCAAUUAGUAAACAAAAAAAUGAAGUAGAAAAAAACAAGCGAGAGACAAACGGCGAAAAUACGCAAAUACAAAGAAAUCAACAGCAAUUAACAACAACAACACACAAACAAUACAUAACAACAAGAAGAAAAACAAAAUACCAAUAAAUUAAAACAAAUACGUAGUAUAUUGUAAAAUCAGAAAUGAAAUAGCAAUUAGGAUAGAAUUUGACAUCUUUCCGUAGGCAAAUAUAUUCCAUGUACAAUGGCAAUGUGAAACAUGGAAUUUUAUAACAAUGACUAUAACAACGAACAUACAGCACACAGACACAACAUGGCAGCUUCAAGAAAGCAACAUAUUAUAUAUAUAAUAUACAUUAAGCAUAUGCGGCAGCACAAAAAAAAUCUCAUUUUACAAAUUAAAGGGAAUAGAAAAAAGAACGAAAAAAAUCUACACUUAAACAUAAAUAUAUAUGGAAAUGUAAUCCGAAAAAAGUGUAUCUAGUUUCUGACACAAUUAUUCUCAUCUCAUUUGAUCGGGCUUUCUUUUCUGUUGUUCGUUGUUAUUAGUAUGAGUCAUUACAUUAUCCAAGCAACAAAUAUCUCUUACUAAAUAUAGUAACCUCAUUAUGAA